UGAGCAGGUUGGUGAUGGUUAAAGAAGAAGCUCCUGAAGAGCACACACCCUGUGCUGUCCUCCAUGACCCAGAGCCCCACCACAUAAAGGAGGAACAGGAGGAGGUCUGCACCACUCUGAAGGGAAAGCAGCUCCAUCCAAAAGAGGAGAUUGAUGCCAUGGAGUUUCCAAUCACUGCUGCUCCCAUAAAGAGUGAGGAUGAUAAACAAUCCUCUGUUCUCUCACAGCUUUAUGAAGAACACAUUAAAGAUGAGCUUCCAGUAGAGAAUGAUGGAAGGGAAGAAUCCAUGAGGAUACAAGAUCAUAAAGAUGGCUCCAUUUCCUUUAAGACUGAGGAGGUAAAUGAUGCAGAGCUCUCCAUCUCUGAGACCAAACACCUAUCAGCCUCUGUGAUGAUAAAGAAGGACAUGGAGGAUGACUGGAAGACGGUUACUGUUCCUGAAUCAGAGACAAACAUGUCUAACAAUCCGUCUGGCUCCUCUGAGUUUGCUGAACAAUUUGUUCAGAGUAGCUGUCUUCAAAAAGACAUGAAAAAUUCAGAAAUGGGGUCUUCACAGUCCCUGGAUAAUGAGAGGCCCUUCACAAAAAAGAAAAAUGCAGACUCACAGAGGAAUGUCCAAAAGAAGUUAAGUUUCAGCUGUAAAGACUGUGGAAAAUACUUUUCUGCUAAAAGUAUUUUAAACCAACACAUGCUAAUCCACACAGGACAGAAACCUUUCACUUGUGAUCUUUGUGGACGGAGUUUUAGUCGGAAGGGCCUGUUAAACCAACACAUUAGAAUCCACACAGGACAGAAAACUUUCAGUUGUGAUCUAUGUAGAUGAAGUUUUUCCCUAAAAUCGCAUUUAAACAGACACAUGAGGAUCCACACAGGUCGGAAACCUUUCUCCUGUGAUCUAUGUGGACAAAGUUUUAGCCAGAAAGAACACUUAAAAAAACACACGACAAGCCACACAGGACAGAAACCGUUCUGUUGUGACCUAUGUGGACAAAAUUUUAGUUUGAAAGGCUAUUUAAACCAACACAUGCUAAUCCACACAGGACAGAAACCUUUCUAUUGUGAUCUAUGUGGACAGAGUUUUAGUUGGAAAGGCCAUUUAAACCGACACAUGAUAAUCCACACGGGAGAGAAACCCUUCAGUUGUGAUCUUUGUGGGCAAAGUGUUAGCCAGAAAGAACACUUAAAAAGACAUAUGAUAAUCCACACGGGACAGAAACCUUUCAGUUGUGAUAUUUGUGGACAAUGUUUUAACCUUAAAUCAUCCUUAAAAAGACACAUGAGAAUCCACACUGGAGGUAAAACGACUAAGCCAUGAAUACUAUGUCAAACCGCUGUGUUUGAAAAAACCCAUCACAUUACAAAAGCGUGUGAUUGCUGAUCGUCGAUCGACAUCUUUCGUUACCCAUAAAAACUGAUCGCCUGUAUCUCUCACUUUGCAGGCUGUAGAUGCACUGCCUUGUUCACAUCUCCCUCCUUCUUUCACACUGUGCAGCGCGGCAGCAAAUCUUAAGCAUUAUAAUGUGAUACUAUGUCCCAUGAGAGUAAUGUGACGCUUAUCCAGUAGGGGUAUAAAUCCCACCCAUCAUGGCGAUUCGAUUCAACGAUUCGAUUAUUUUUGAUA